CGCGAUCCCGAGCCUCCCCCCUCCCUCCACAGACGCCGGGGUGAGCGGUUGGGUCGUGCGCUGUCCCCUCCAUGUACACGACAGCGGCCGCGGAGAGACUGAGAGUCGUGGCCGAUCACCUGGCGCCGCAGCCCGAGGCGCGCAAAACGACGGGAGCAAUGUCGGGGGCGCCUCUGACGUCACACGUCCUGGAUACGGCCAACGGGCGACCAGCGCGAGGAUUGCUGAUCACAUUUUUCAGAAAACGCCAGGACGACUGGGUCUGCAUCAAAUCAAGCGAAACAAACGCCGAUGGCCGCUGCUCCGGGUUUCUGCGGCGGGAUGACUUCACUGCAGACAUCUACAAAAUGCGUUUCGACACCGCAGACUACUUCCACCGUAUGGGACAGCGGUCAUUCUACCCAUACGUGGAGAUCGUGUUCGAGGUGCUCCAGCCGGAGCAACACUACCACGUGCCGCUGAUCCUGUCGAGGUUCGGCUACUCCACCUACCGGGGCAGCUGAGGCUCUUUCCGCACGCCAUAGCAAGGCCGGCCGCUCCGACCGCGGCCGGUCACGUGGUCCAGACGGCAAACACCAGCCCGGACGAGGCACGCCACGCGCGGAAGAUAGGUGUGCGUUCGUGACGAACUAUCCGUGCUGUUUAGUUUUCCUCCGCUCAAAAUAUUAUCGACCGCUUGCUUAUGGUGAUGUUAACUGAGAAAUUGAAGCGGGGUGUAUAUUAUCACCAUCACAUGCGAAGAAACACUGCAAAGCUUUGUCGUAUUACGAUCACAUGACGCAUGCGGCACAUACGAUCACAGGUCAAUACAUACGUACCACGCA